AUGUCUUCUACUCUCAUUAACAACAUCAUCUUACAAAAACAACGCCUAGCUACACAUAGCUGGGAGUAUGGUGCCCUUGCCGAGGUCCUCCUAGAAUGGUACACACCGAAUGCGUCAGUUUUUGGCGGCAACCCGUUCCCAGAUGGAAGAAUACCCGUUAUACAAGUAGACACAACUCCCUCACUUUCAUAUGUGAAGCGGCACAUUUCGACCAAUUCUGAUACUCUCAUUGAUGGAGAUGGUAUGCUACUUCGAAAAGAAGACCCCGUUACUGGCAUAUUUCCCCCUUUCCAUCAAACUAGCUCGUUAGCAGGCGCCGCCGGCGGUCCAGCCUCUCUCGGUGUCUAUGCCAUUUUGAUCGGCCAGACCCAAGACGACUACCUAUCAGCAGCGGAACCUCAAGUCAACUACCUGCUCACAGCCGUGCCGAGAUACACCAACGGAGCUAUCAGUCACCGAGAAUCAGUGGCCGAGCUAUGGGCCGACUUCAUCUACAUGGCGCCUCCGACCCUGGCGUACUGGGCAAUCCAAACAGACGAUGCAGGCCUGCUCGCCACAGCGCUCCAGCAGUGCAUCCUGUAUCGAGACGUGUUGGGUGUACCGGCGAAUGCCAAAAGCGCAGCCGGGCUCUGGCAUCACAUCGUAGGCCCGCAGAGCCAGGACUUGGGGAUCUGGAGCACCGGGAAUGCGUGGGCUGCUGCCGGGAUGAGCCGCGUGUUAGCGACAGCGACGAAGUCCCGGCAUUCAGGAGACACUAAAGUGAAAUCCGGAAUAGCACAGGUUAAGGACAUUGUCAAGGCGAUCCUAGACGGCGCGAUCGCGCGCGAUAAUGCUGAGCCCGGCGAGCCGCUACUGGGCAACUACCUCAACGAUACAACCUGGUUUGGGGAACUAUCUGGUACAACACUGCUGACAGCAACCGCGUAUCGCAUGGCACGACUAGAGCCGAGGGAAUUUGGCCCAAGGUACACGGAAUGGGCGGAUAGUAAGAGAGAGGUCAUUAUGAAGAAGAUAAGCAGCGAUGGGUUGCUGUCUCCUGUCGUAAACCCGUUGAAUUGGGGGGACAGAACGCCACGCAAAGAGUCUCCGGAAGCGCAAAGCUUUGCUAUCUUGAUGCUUGCGGCUCACCGAGAUUUCACUUCCAGGUAA